AAAAGAGUUUCUCCGAAUUCCGCCAUUGAUAUGUCUUUUGGCGGUUGGCGUCCACUCAAGACAAACCCUAAUCCCAGUGCAGCCGAAGCCCCGCUUGACAGUCAUUUUCUGACAGUUCCAGUGGCCGUAGAAACGGAUGCCGAACACGAGUUGUCGGAAACAGAGAUUUCUCGUAUUCGUCAACACAUUAUUAAUAACUGGAAAAACGCUCCGAAAAAACAAGAAUCUUUUGGAUCUCAUGUCAGACAAGUCGUCGAAAAACUUAUUCCUAAACCUGAAGUCGAGUUACAUGUGGACGACGACCGGACGACGGCUCAAUCGCGUGUGUCGUCCGAUGUGUCGUCCGAUGCGUCGUCCGAUAUGUUGUCGUCCGAAACGACAAACGAGUAA